AUGACUUGCCCAGCCUCACCCACCACCAGUCGCUAUGGCCCCGACCCCGACAACCGCCCUGACCAAAAAGAAUCAUGCAACAUUAUCAGCAACCUAGACUGCGGCUCUGACGGCAACGCUCCCUUUGUUAUCGGCACCGAUGGUGUCCUCCGAACUCUGACACAAGACUGCGACGUGAUCGACGCCAUCGGCCUUCCACCUCGGCUGAUCAAAGCUUUUCUUGAUCGGACUACAUUUGACCAGGGAAUGGAAGACAUGUUUCGCGGAGCAGAUGGAACGAAAGUGCCUCAGGAGCAGUGGUGGAAGCCAGAUCCACCGUUAUUACCGCCACCGAUGACAGCGGAGGAUAAAGCACUGGUUGAGAAAGAUAAUGAGGAGAACAAGGAAAUAAUUCAGGAGAAUAUUAGGAAAAUGGAAAGUGGUGAACUGAAACCGUGCGGCCCACUGUCGGUAUGUACGUCGACCUGGGCCUCUGGGUACGGCGAUGCCAAGCUCGUCUGCAAGAAAAUGCUGGAGAAGGCGAGCGUAGUGCGGCUGGGACAGGUCGCCGGCUCCAGUGUCACUGGCUACUGGAGUCCAGUGGAGCAUCUCGCACUCCUGUUCAAGAGCGCGAAGACCUUGAACAUUCUACCUGAUCUUCCGGGGGAGCUGUCCUGGUUCCCGGUCAACGAGGCGGCUGCCAUUUUUACCGACCUCCUCCUCUGUCCCGACCCGAUGCCCCCCGUCUUACAUGUUGAAAAUCCGAUCCGUCAACUCUGGGCGAACAUGAUCGCUACUCUGACCAAGGAGUUGGACAUUCCUAUGCGAAAUAUUCUUCCCUUUGAGGAGUGGUUGGACCGUAUGCGCAGCUUUGCCGGGACGAAGCGGCGAAUCCCGCGAAACGAGUAG